AUGGCAGUGCGCGCGCCCAAAUUGGAGAGCCGUUGGCAUCCCGAGCGGUACUUGGCGAAUGACCAUGACAAGUCGGGGGGGUACCGCCGCCGAGUUCCGUUCCCAAGCAUGUUGCGCAAUCGAGGCGGACAGCAAGUUCCAGUAUCGUACUACGCAACGAGUCCGGAGUCGUCUCCGAGAGAGAACGGGUAUCUUAACCCGGAUCCUAUUGUAGAAGGAAUUGACGAAAGGAUUCCGCAGUCUGCGUCGGGGAGAAAUCACCUAUCCAGAAUAUCUAACAGAACAGUGAGAAACCAUGCUUCCCUGAUAAUGAGCCACGGUGUACAUAGCCGCGUUCCGUGUCCGACACCUGUGGUGGUGGUGCAACCAACUAUGGAAGUCGCGACUUCCGGUGCCACGCGACUUUACGCCUCCCUCCUCGCUUCCCUCCUCGUGAGCAUUAUUCUCUACAAUUUGACAUCGAAUGACACGAACAUCACCAUCACUAAGGCGUACAACCCGACGGAUCGAUUCCAUCUCCCGCCGCAAUUGCCACACCAGUUGCCUUCCAACGAUCCGUCGGCGUACACGUUUGAUUCCUUUUUUCUCAUACUCAUGCGAUUCCUACUCUUGACGACCGUGGUCGUCAACGUUGCUUACGUAGUCGCCUUUUCUCAGCAAUCCUUGGCUUCUCGAUCCUUGUGUCUAUCUUCCUCAAGAUGGCCAGCUCAAUCGCGUUGCUACCAAUCCGCGAGUCCGGGCGAUUCCACGACGACGACGACCGUUCCGUCAACGAACGGUCCACGCCGUGGAUACGCACUGGAAGACGACUUCCACCUCCUCACGGACGAAACACUCCGCUCCGUUGAAUUGGAUCGCCGGGAACGACAGGACUACUCCAUGCAGCGCGUGGCUUUGCGCACGGGCGUGGUAGCAUCCGAAACGCCGGCAUCGUCCGGGUUGCUGGAUCCACCGUCCCUCACGUUGGGCCGCGCCCUCGUUCUGGCCGCCGCCGCUAUUUACGGCACCAAUUUUGCGGCCGUCAAGCUACUCGACGAAGCCAUGCCCAUGGCACUCAGCGCCGCUCUUCGAUUCUCACUAGCAGCCGUCGUCGUUACCUCCAUUGUCCUCGCCAAUGAACGGAAAACGAACAAUCCGCAGACCCGAGAAACACGCUGGGGCGCAACCCUCGCCGGUGCAGAAGUCGGAGCCUGGUACUGUAUCGGGUAUAUUUGCCAAGCGUCGGGACUGCACACCUCGGAUGCGAGUAAGAGCGCAUUUUUCAAUGCACUGGCCGUCAUUGUGGUCCCCUUGCUCGAUUCCUUCUUCAAGGGCAAAAAACUGGGGGGCCGCGGUCUCGCCUCGGUCGCCAUGGCCAUUGGCGGAGUUGCCCUCUUGCAAAUGGGUCCGGCCUUGACCGGGACAUCCGUCGGCACCAGCCCCGCGGAUUUUCCCGUUUCGGCGGGAGACAUGUUCUGUCUCGCGCAGGCGCUCUUUUUUGGUAUCGGCUACUGGAGAUUGGAGGCUGCGGCGACCCAAUUUCCGCAUCAGGCCUCGCGCAUUACCGCUGGCCAGCUCUGCGCGGUGGCCGCGGGGUCAGUGCUCCUGUUCGUGGGGGCGGAUGAUCUACCCACUCUACAAGCACUCGAACACUGGUUGACCGACGGCUUCAUCGUCAAGACUAUCAUUUGGACCGGACUGUUCUCCACCGCGUUGGCCUUGUAUUUGGAAACCGUCGCACUCAAAGUCGUGUCGGCCACGGAAUUGACGGUCCUCAUGACGAGCGUAUCGUUGUGGGGAUCAGCCUUUGCCUACGUGACCAUGGGCGAAAUGCUGGAUCGACUGGGACUCCUCGGUGGUCUCUUGAUUUUGACGGGAUGUGUCCUCUCGUCGACGGGUGGCAGUCCCAACGCUAUCGGCAACAGCAAAGACUUUCUCAAUAAAGACAGUGACCAUGCGUCGUAAAGGAAUGGCCAAGCGAUGACUCAUUGUCUCGGGCGACCACACUUUUUUGGGCGUUGUUGCUCGGGUCGUCCCGUCGACACGGGUACUAUCGGAACAAGAUAGACCGAUAUAAAUACCAUUGUAUACAGU